GCCCAGUCGUUCUGCAUGACACGCCGACUCGACCACUGCCUCAAGCUUCAUGCUCGCCUUCGCUCGCUGUCGACCUCCUCUCCUCCUGAUGGGCCUCAAAUGUAUAUCCACACUAGCCUCCUUGAUCCUCCUUACUCGUGUCGAGGCGGCCCGUCACGACACUACACACUCGUCGCUGCAAAAUACGAAUAUUCAUAUGAAUAGUCUGGUGACGGCGCAACUGCUGGUACCGUGGCAGCAAGCGACGGCGAAUGACCAGCCUGUGUAUUGAUCUACGUAAUUCAAAGUUCCUUGCUUCCGGAGAGCAUAUAAACCGGCUAAUGCUCGAGGAAACGCAUCACGACUGUGUCGACCCCUCUGCGACAUCUCUGAUCUACUUCCCAACUCAUCCGUAGCACCUCCGAUCCCUGCAGCCAUGUCGUUCCAAAGCUGCCUCGCUACUCUCCUAUUUCUCGCGGUGGCGCUCGCAUCCCUGGAUCCCUCAGUCCGCUGCGUUGAUGGCUUUAUUUCAGAGUCUCGCCCUGACGUCUGCGUCAUUCCGUCCUUGUAUGCCUCAUCCAAUGCGACGGCGGACGACUCACCUGCCAUCCAGGCAGCGUUCACGGAGUGUGCUCAGAACUCUGUGAUUGUGUUCAGCGAGGGCGUAGACUACAAUGUAUACAGCCCCAUCACAGCGAAGAACCUGAGUAACGUGGCCAUCGUUGUGCAAGGGAACCUGCAUCUUCCGCAGAACAUAAGUUACGUGCAGUCCAUCGUGAACGGCACCUCCUACGCUGCAGGUACCGGCUAUUGGUUCACGUUCUCCGGUCCGCAAGUCGACUUCAUCGGCAGCGACAAUGUCACAACCGGCUGGAUCUACUCGUACGGCCAGGCCUGGUGGGAUGCGAAUGCAUACCCCGGCACAGGUCUGGUCAAUCGCCCUCACCUGAUGAGCUUCAACACGACGAAUGGCACAAUUCAGUACCUGAAGUCGAGCAAGCCCAUCGGCUGGAACGUUCAGCUACUCGGUAGUAACAUCACAGUCACGGACACCAUCAUCGACGCGUACUCGACUACGGGUAGCUUCCCGUUCAAUACCGACGGAUUUGACGUCACGGCGACGGACGUGAAGAUCUUGAACAGCAUUAUCUAUAACGGAGACGACGCGAUUGCCGUGCAGUCCGGCUCGCACAACGUUCUGUUCCAGGGCGGUACCAUUGGGUACCAGACGCACGGCAUGAGCAUCGGUUCUCUUGGCCAAAACCAGGCGUCUUAUGCCAACGUAACGAAUAUCCAUUUCGAUGACAUCACCGUCGUGAAUGGUGUGUACGCUUCCCGAUUCAAAUCCUGGAUCGGCGGCCAGGGUCUCGUUCAGAACAUCACCUGGUCCAAUAUCCGUGUCUACAACGUCACGUUCCCCAUCUUCGUGACGCAGACGUACAUCAACCAGGGCGGGCCGCAGACUCAGCUCGAGAACGGGACCGUCAUCGAUCGUCCGAACAACUCGACGGUGGACAUGCAGAACUUCACGUGGGCGAACUUCACAGGCACUAUCAACACUUUUCGGCCUGGUGACGGCAGCUGCGCGUCGGAUCCCUGCUGGUACAACGUGGGACUUCCGAAUCUCACGCACACCGAGGCGAUCAUCAUCGAGUGCAACACGAACACCUCGUGCCAGAACUUCCAGCUGAGCAAUAUCAACGUGUACCCGCAGACGAUGGCACAACCGACAGUCAUCUGCAUCGACACGGAGCCGGAGUUGAACCCUGAGUUGGGUUUCGUCUGCGCGAACGGCACCUACGUCCCCACGCUGUAGGACGACGUACAGUCUA